AUGCAAGGGACUUCAGAACCUCCAACACUAGCACCGAUUGAGGGACGUACACAAUCUUCGAGUGCACUUCAGUCAUCUCCACCAGCGGAAAAAACCUCUCACCCCAUCUCAGUCACUCAAAAUCCAGAAGAAAGCACAGAAACUUCUACGACUGCUAGAGAAGCGGAAGUCGUGCAGGAGACUGAACCUUCAACACUAGCUCCGAGUGAAAGAGAGCGUUUGUCAUCACCAACUGCACUUCCCACAGUACUUUCAAAAACGGGGAAAACCAGACAGUUCCCCACUGAACCCACCUCAGCCCCUCGUGAGCAAGACGGCAAGAGUUCUACACCAGCGGGAGAACCAGAGGCUACGCAAGAGUCCAGACGUUCAACACAAGCUAUGAGUGAAGAGCUUGAGCCAUCUACCACUGCAGUUCCCAAGUCAUCUCUAAUGACAGAGACCACACACAGAACUUCUGAGCCCCUUCCAACCACCCACGAGGAAGAGGGCACAAAACCUUCUGUAACAACUAAAGAACAGCAGACCAUGCAAAGUACUUCAGAACGUUCUAUACGAACGAGCAAAAAGGAGAGUUUGUCAACUUCAACCGCACUUCCCACGGCACCUCCAAGAUUAAGUAUGACCACAAAGAUUACUGAGCAUACCUCAACCACUCGGCAAGACGGCAAAAGAAGUACAUCAGCGGGAAAACCUCAGGCCACACAAGGAACUUCGGAGCGUCCAACGAUAGCACUUAAGGAAAUGGAGCAUACGCCAUCUCCAAGUGCUCUUCCCAGAGUAUCUACAACAAGGGCAACAACUACACGCCCUUUUGAGCACAGUUCAACCACCGUCCUUGACCAGAAAGAGGGUAUAAAACCUUCUACAGAAGCCAGAGGGCCAGAAACCACGCAAGAAACUCUGAAACUUCCAACAGAGACGCUAGAGCAGCGGAAUACGCCGAGUCCAAGGGCAACUUCAACGUCAUCUGAGCCAGAUGUUACGCGGAGAACGGAAUCUACCCCCGUAAACAUUGAGAACGAGGGAACUGUAAGCUCAGGCACGCCAUCAGGUUCGGGUACCACGCAAUGGCCCCGCGAUCCUCCCACGAUAGGAUUGAAAGAAAAGGAACCCAUCUUGAGUUCCAGUGCACCCACAGAAACCCAUGUGAUGGAAACUACGCAGAGACCUGCUGAGCUUACUACAUUCAGUGAGGUGGAGAGUGAGUCGAGCUUCUCUGAAGCUCCUGGGGUUUCAACAGAACUAAUCAUAACAUCUCCCAUAAAAUCUACCAUAUCGGAUUCGAGCACAGCAGCGCACAUGACCUCGAGUACGUCUUCUACAUCUAGAAUAACAGAGCUCUCACACAGUGCCACGACUACCGCUGGUCCUAGAGAUGAACUUGGUAUAAGCUCACAAACUCCUGCCGUGGGCAAGACCACCCAGAUUAUCACAGAACUUCCUACUACUCAAAUAAAGAAAACUACCCAAGGCUUUUCAGAGCUUGAUAUAGUUAAAACCACCCAGGAAGUUGAUGAAUCCACUGAAAGAUUAAGAGAGGAAAGUACAGCUAAUCCUAGCGUACUUCUAACUAGUAGACCUCGUGAAUUAGAAAUCACGCAAGAGCCUAGCGAGCACAUAACAGAAAGUUCUGGAGAUAAUUCUAUUCCUGAAUCUGGAGUGAAUACUGUAUCACCAGAUGAGAGCACUAGAACAGAACCAGGCGAAGGUUUGACAUCAUCCUUUAUUUCUCGCGAAAAAGCUGGGAAAACCACGCAGACUCCAACAGUGCAAUCUACGGUAAAGACUGGAUCAAGUACUACACCGCAUGGGGAGUUGAAGGAAGGGAGUACAUCACAAUCAGAGAAAAGUCUCACAGAACAACCUAAUGAGUCUUCCACUGAUGCUGCAAGAGUCGCAGACGUUGAAAUGCCUGUUCAAAGACAAACUUCUCUAGCAAUACAGGAGACAGCACAAACUACUAAACAACCUAUUCAAGUUCGUGCGGGUGGGUCGACAGUAGCCCUUUCGUCAAGUUCCAAAAGUAAGGAAACACCCGAAUCUAUGGAGCCUCCCACUAGUGCUCCAACAACGUUAGUUACUGAGGAUGUAGUAAAAGGUGAUACUCUUUCACCAAGACCAGAGGGUGGAUCCCAAACAAUCCAACCUCCUAUUAAAGAACGUAAGGGUGAGCAAGACACAUCCGUAGGACCAGAAAGUACACCGUUCUUUGGGAUAUCCAAAGAGAAAAAGGUGGAACUGGGAAAAUCGACACAACCGACCUCAGCAGUGCCACACAUACAGACUACACCAAAGGUUAAUGAACCAGAGCAGAGAGAAACACGAAAAGAGUCAAGUGAGACUACGCCUUCUAGUAGUCCACUCGAUCAUGGACCAGAUACUACGCUGAGAUCUGGUGUGCAUACUGUAGCUAUAGAAGAGAUCACAAUGAGGCCUUCAGAAGAAAAAGGCACAUUAGAACCAAAUGAAUCGGAAAGGUCAGGAGAAGCCGUGUCUUCCACUUCGAGCUUGGGGAAGACGGAAACAACGAAAAGAACAAGCGAAGGAUUUACCGGAGUAGCAAAGGUAGAGACUACCCGUAUGAAGUCAGAGAAGACAGAGACAACGACAAGAGCUGGCCAAGGGUUCACCACCAAAGCAAGAACAGAAACUAACCAUAUAAGCUCAGAUGAGAUGAAGACAACGGAAACAGCAAGCCAAGUAUCUACCGGAGAAACA